UUUCUCCAUUUAUUGCUCUCUUUGAUAUAUCACAACCUUGCUAUAUACAUCUCUUAUUUUGGUUAUUCCUUUUUAUAUUAUUGUUUAGGUAAUAUCUGUCAUCAAUGGAAGCCAAUGCAGAUUAUACCCAAGAUGCCACCGUUGAUUUCCGUGGCCACCCUGCACUUUCAUCCAAAACCGGCAAAUGGAAGGCUUGUGCUUUUCUUGUUGGGUAUGAAGCAUUUGAAAGGAUGGCCUUUUAUGGAGUGGCUUCGAACUUGGUGAAUUACCUUACAAGCCAACUUCAUGAAGACACAGUUUCAUCAGUGAGGAAUGUGAAUAACUGGUCAGGAUCUGUGUGGAUAACGCCAAUUCUUGGAGCUUGCAUAGCAGAUUCUUACUUGGGUCGCUUCUGGACUUUCACUCUCUCAUCUCUCAUUUAUGUCUUGGGUAUGACACUUCUGACAGUAGCAGUGUCACUGAAGAGCUUGAGACCAACAUGCAGCAAUGGCAUAUGCAAGAAGGCUUCAACCUCACAGAUUGCAUUUUUCUACACAGCCCUUUACACAAUGGCAAUAGGGGCAGGGGGAACAAAACCCAACAUCUCAACGUUAGGUGCUGACCAGUUUGAUGACUUCAACCCGAAUGAGAAAGAGCUAAAGGCCUCCUUCUUCAACUGGUGGAUGUUCACCUCAUUCUUGGGUGCUUUCAUUGCCAGUUUAGGAUUGGUAUACAUUCAAGAGAACUUGGGAUGGGGACUUGGUUAUGGUAUUCCCACUGCUGGUCUCAUCCUUUCAUUGCUUAUAUUCUACAUAGGCACACCAAUUUAUCGCCACAAAGUAAGGUCAACCAGUACUCCUGCUAGAGACCUCGUUCGUGUCCCCAUUGCAGCAUUCAGGAACAGAAAACUCCAACUUCCUACUGACCCCUCUCAUCUCUAUGAGCACAACCUCCAACAUUAUCUUAGCACUGGAAAACGCCAGUUCUAUCACACUCCAGCACUCAGGUUUUUGGACAAGGCUGCUAUUAAAGAAGACAGUGCUGGCUCUAAAAGGGUACCGCUGACAGUAACCCAAGUAGAAGGCUCUAAACUUAUCUUUGGUAUGGCCCUUAUAUGGCUGGUGACACUGAUUCCAAGCACCAUUUGGGCACAAAUCAACACUCUUUUUGUGAAACAAGGAACCACUUUGGACAGAAACCUUGGACCUCAUUUUAGAAUACCCUCAGCCUCUCUUGGAAGCUUUGUGACACUUUCCAUGCUUCUCUCAGUGCCAAUGUACGAUCGGAUUUUUGUACCGUUUAUGCGCCAGAAAACUGGUCAUCCCAGAGGAAUCACAUUGCUUCAAAGGCUUGGGAUUGGAUUUUCAAUCCAGAUCAUAGCCAUUGCAAUUGCUUAUGCAGUAGAAGUUAGAAGAAUGCAUGUUAUCAGUGCAAACCAUGUAGCUGGACCUAAAGAUAUUGUCCCCAUGAGUAUAUUUUGGCUGAUGCCUCAGUAUGUACUAAUAGGGAUAGCAGACGUGUUUAAUGCCAUUGGAUUACUAGAAUUCUUCUAUGAUCAAUCCCCUGAAGACAUGCAGAGCCUAGGAACGACAUUCUUCACUAGUGGGAUCGGUGUUGGGAACUUUCUGAACAGCUUUUUAGUGACAAUGGUUGAUAAAAUAUCAGGAAGGGGUGACAAAAAGAGCUGGAUAGGGGACAACUUGAAUGAUUCUCACUUGGACUACUAUUAUGGGUUUUUGUUGGUCAUGUCAAGUAUCAAUUUGGUGGUUUUUUUUUGGGUUUCAAGUAGGUACAUUUAUAAGAGGGAAUCAAUAAGGGUCAAAGAGAGCCUUUGUGUUCAAAUGGAGGGGAACCCAACUUUGGACGCUUCUCUUAGUUUACAAGUGUGAAAACUACCUAUUAGGGUUCUAGGCCACCACAAAUAACCGAUAGUGUGAUAUGAAGCUUAAAUUUACUUCAGAUUCUACGACAAACUGAUCAAUGAUUCUAUAUUGAAUUUAAUUAGCUCCACCUUUAAGUGAAGUUGGAGCCAAAUAAAUUCAGAUACACAAGUUUGUGUAGAAUUUAUGAACAUAUAAACUAAUAUCUUAGUAUUUAU